CGUUUUAUUCUUGAUUAUUAACUUUGAUAUUCGUGGUGAUGGAGUCCUCAUCUUCCCAUCACGUGCUUUUUCCCGGAGAGUCGGAAGGAUAUAUUCAAAAUUUGGAAACUUUUCCUCUGAAGGACAUUGGCUCUCCAAGGUGGUUCAGGCAACAUGAAUACAUCGAAAAGCUCAACAUGCAGGCAAUUCUGAACGCCACCGGGGCCCAGGACGAGUUUGUGAAGGAACAACUUGUGUCUUUGGGAAAGAUUCCUACAUUGAUCCAUGAGAUGAUCCUAGUGGAGAUCUGGAAAGUGAAGAUUUUUCCUGUUCUGUGUCAACUGCAGGACUUUAACCCACAGAGCACGUUCCCUUUGUACAUGGUGAUUCAUCAUGAAGCAACCAUCAUCAACUUGCUGGAGACAGUCAUGUUCCAUCAGGACUCCUGUGAGUCUGCGGAGGACUCCAUUCUGGACUUGGUGGAUUACUGCCACCGCAAGCUGACCCUGCUGGCUGGGCGCAGUGUGACUGCGGACCCCGCAACUCACAACAGGCGGACCGAUGCCGUAGACGUGAACGCCUCCUCUGUACAGGAUCUGCAGAAGCAGAGUGCAGCAUUAGAGUUUGACAUCUCCCUAAAAGCACUCUCUGUUCUCCGCUACAUCACUGAUCACAUUGACAGCGUGCGCCUAAGUGCCCUCACAAGACUGCUCUGCACUCACAAUCUGCCCUGUGUCCUGGUCCAGCUGCUGGAACACUGCCCCUGGUCUCGCACCUCUAAAGGUCAGCUGGAGAAGUACAUGGAUGGGAAGUGGCACCAUAUCCCCAGGGAAGACCAGGUGAAGAUGACCAAACUGGACGGCCAGGUGUGGAUCGCUCUGCUCAACCUGCUGCUAAAGCCAGAAUGCCAGAGGAAAUACGACUUCAACAACUUCAACAAGAACCAGCUCUUAAAGCUGCAAGCUUUCUUGACAGAGGUCCUGAUUGAUCAGCUGCCCAACCUGGCUGACCUGCAGCGCUUUCUCAGUCACCUGGCCGUCACUGACCCAGCCCCCCCAAGAAAGGACCUCAUCUUGGAGCAGAUUCCAGAAAUGUGGAACAAUAUCAUGAAGGAGAAUUCAGGGAAGUGGAAGGCCAUCGCUAAGCACCAGGUGAAGCAGGCAUUCAACCCCUCAGAAAGUGACCUGAGGGAACAGGCACACAGGCUGGCCCAGACCUACAACCUGGAUGUGAUUGAGAGCCUCAUCCCAGACAAACCCAAGUGUGGCACCUGUGGCUCCGAGGCCACCAAGCGCUGCUCCCGUUGCCAGGGCGAGUGGUACUGCGGCAGAGAAUGCCAGGUGAAACACUGGCCAAAACACAAGAAAGCCUGUCAGCUGAUGGUGGAUGCCACAGAGAAACUCCAGAAGGACUUGACCUUGAAAACUUAG